AUGUGUAAAACAAUGAAGUAUAUUCAGAGACUUAUAGAUUAUCUUGAUAAGAAUUCAGUUAUAGUCAGUAAUAGUAGUAGCAGUGAUGAGAAAUUUAAUAACAGUGAUAAUUCUCUUUUCAUCUCUUUUAUUAAUAUUUCUACUGCUACUAUUAAUUCUUCUCUCUCUUUCUUCUCUAAUCUUCUAACUCUGAUUGAUUCUCUGACUAUAAGCAGCACUGAAACUCUCAAUAUUCUCAGUGAAAAA